AUGGAUGCUUCUUCUUCAAGUGUUGUACCAAGUAGAAAAGGAUGGACAUAUGAUGUCUUUCUGAGUUUCAGGGGUGAAGACACCCGCAAUAACUUUGUUGAUCAUCUUUUUGCUGCUCUAACUCUGAAAGGUAUUCACACCUUCAAAGAUGACAAGAUGCUCGGUGGGGGACAGCGCAUCUCAGAAGAGCUUGUGAAAGCAAUCGGAGAAUCAAGGUGGGCUGUUGUAGUUUUCUCUAAAAACUAUGCCAACUCUUCUUGGUGUUUAGAAGAGCUUUCCCACAUCAUGGAAUGCCAUGAUCAGAUGGGUGGUCAGAAGAAGGUGUUACCUGUGUUCUACCAUGUCAACCCGUCUGAUGUUCGUAAACAGAAAGGAGAUUUCGCAGCUGCAGCUGAAGGCAAGUUUAAGGAUGGAGAGAUGGAUAAAGUGAACAAGUGGAAGAAUGCUUUAACUGCAGCUGGUAGUUUAUCUGGACAACAUAUCUUGCCUAACUAUGGGGGUGAAUCGGCAUUUAUAAGCAAGAUUGUUGAAGAGAUAUUAGCCGAUAUACAACCUCGUGGUGGUAGUAGGGAAAACCAUCUAAUCGGUAUACAGCCUCGUGUUGAUGCCUUAAUAUUAUUAUUGAAGAUGGAGGCAGCUGAAGAGGUCCGAUUUGUGGGGAUAUGUGGAAUGGGUGGGAUCGGUAAGACAACUAUUGCCCGAUCCUUGUUUAAGAGAAUUGCUCAUAAAUUUCAGGGUAGUAGUUUUGUUAAUGACGUUAGAGAGAAUAGCUCUAGUAAAAGCGAUAUGUGCACCUUACAAGAAAGACUUCUAAGUGAUAUUCUAGGGGAGCGUCAUGGGUACAAGAUAAAGGAUUGUGAUGAGGGAGCCGAAAUAAUACAAGAAAGAUGUUGCAGAAAGAAGGUUCUUCUUGUGCUUGAUGACGUGAAUGAUGUCAAGCAAUUAGAGCUCCUAGCCUCAACACGUGAGUGGUUUGGUCCGGGAAGUAGAAUCAUUAUCACCACCCGGGAUCAGCAUUUGUUAUCAUAUGCUAAUGCUAACGACAACUACACACCUGCUCUUUUACGUGCAGAUCAAGCUGUUGAGCUCUUCAGUAGGCAUGCUUUUAGGAAAAGUAGCCCUCCAGAUGGGUAUAUGGAUCUCACCAAUCGUGCAAUAAACUAUACGCAUCGUCUCCCACUAGCCUUAAAAGUUUUAGGUUCUUUUUUAUGUGGAAGAGAAGUAAGUGUGUGGGGAAGUGCCUUGGAUACACUAGCAAAAACACCAAGUGCUGAGGUUUUUUACACACUGAAGUUGAGUUUUGAUUAUCUAAAUGAUUCUCAGAAACAAAUAUUCCUAGACAUUGCAUGUUUCUACAAGGGAAAAGAUGUAGAUGGUGUUACUAGAAUACUUGAUAGCUUUGGUUUUGACCCAGUCAUAGGGAUUAGCGUUCUUGUUGAAAAAUCUCUUGUAACCAUCUCAUCAGUCAAUACACUAGAUAUGCAUGAUCUCAUAAAAGAAAUGGCUCAGAAAGUAGUUCAAGCAACUGCUCCGAAUAGCAGGCUAUGGGAACUCGAAAAGACCCGGGAUUUAAUAAAUAGUUCAAGCAAGAAGGAACUAAAACUAGUCGAGGGCAUAGUGAUGCCAUGGAAUCAUGAUGUUGACUUGAACCAGAGUGUGAGUGCUAAAGUUUUUGAAAGCAUGAGGAAUCUUCGGGUACUGGAUUGUAACGGAAAAUUCACUUCUUCUGAACCUAGCUUUCUCCCUACUCAGUUACGAUGGUUGUGUUGGGCAGAAUACCCAUUCUCUUCUGUGCCUAUGGAACAUAUGAGUAAGCUUGUAGGGCUUCAUAUGGUGGAUGGCAAAAUCAAGCAUUUAUGGAACGGUAGAAAGGUGUAUAGUAUAUGGAGACCACUCUCUUAUUUAGCACCCGAAGUUUCUUUGUAUAAUAAUUCAAGCUUGAAGUUCAUUCACCUUCAAUGGUGUAAAUCCAUAACAAGGUUUCCAGAUGUUUCAGGGACACCAAAUAUUGAGAGUUUGGAUUUGUCAUUUUGUGAAAAUCUGGUGGAGGUUGAUGAGUCUGUUGGGAGUCUGAAAAAGCUUCUUUACUGGGACAUGACUCGGUGCUCUAAACUCAAGUGUCUCCCAUCCAUGCUCCACAUGGAAUCCUUGGAGACCCUCAAUCUAUUUUCGUGUGAUUCUCUUCAUAGAAUCCCAGAAUUCUCUCCAUGUAUGGUCAAUCUAUCUAAAUUAGAUAUUAGUGGUUGUCCUAAUAUAGAAGAAGUGCCAUUGUCCAUAAGAUAUCUCUUAAAUCUAAGCCUCUUGGAUGUUAGCUACUGUGAAAGUCUUAAGAACAUCCCAAAAUCAAUUUGGGAGUUAAAGCGUCUCAACACCCUUAGACUUAAUUGUUGUUCAUGGACACCAGGGAUAUUGUCGGAUGUUUUUCAAAGCAAGGAAGGUUUUGAAAUAGAAGAAGUGCCAUCAUCAAUAAUAUAUCUGUCUAAUCUAAGCUACUUGAAUCUCAAUCGCUGUGUAAAUCUUCCAAACUCAAUUUGGGAGUUAAGGCGUUUCGACACCCUUUGCCGUAAUUAUAGUUCAUGGACAUCCGGGAUAGUGCCAGAUGAUUUUCAAAGCAUGAAAAGUAUGGAAGAGCUUCACAUAGACUCUAUUCAUAUAUAUGCUUUGACAAGUUCUUGUUACUUAAGAAAGUUAUAUCUUUAUGGUGAUUUUAGAGACAAAUAUUUCCCCAUAAAUCUGCAUGGACUUUCAUCCUUGGAAGAAUUACAUUUAGUUGACAACUCCACAAUGAUCCAAUUACCUGAAAGCAUCUCCCAUCUUUCUAGUCUUAAACUCCUCCUCAUCAGGGAUUGUUGGAAAUUUCAAUCUUUACAUGGCCUCCCACAAGGAAUACAAGUAUUGAUAGUAGAAAGUUGCUUGUUAUUGGAAAAGCUUGAAGAUCUGUCAAAAGAGUACAAGUCUCUGAAUAGGGUGGAGAUCUCAGAUUGCCCAAAACUGCUAGAAGAAGAUGAAGAGAAUGUAAGAUAUUUGGAUAAGAUUUGGUUACACUCCGGUAUCAUUAUCCCUAAUAAUAAUAAUAAUAAUAAUAAUAAUAAUAAACAACACCGGCACAACUUGGUGCGUGACACCCUCCUUGACAUUUGUUCUCGAUCUGGGGUUUCGGCUCGUAGAGAAGUUGAUAUCGGUCUUAGGGGAGAUAGAGACAUCCCCUUACGUCCUGCUGACAUGUUGCUUUACUCGUGGGAUGGAGGGCUUGAUGUAUGUGUUGAUUUGACAGGUUCAUCACCCUUGACGCAGACUAGUAUGGUUGACUUUAUGCCUGGCAGCGCGGUGGUUGACGUUGCACAACGUAAACGCGCCAAAUAUAAGUCUAAGUGCGCGGAUAUUGGUUAUGGAUUUCUUCCCUUCUCAUUCUCUUCUUUAGAGGAACUUGAAAAGGAUGUUGUUACUAUCCUGAAGCGGAUCCGAAAGUUCUCUGUGACUCAAGACAUUGGAGCACGUUCGGCUGCUCAUAUAUUUAAUAGGAUUGGUUUUGCUAUAGCUAGAGGAGUGAGGGCCCAGAUAAGGUGGGCAGCAAAUGAUGGUGGUUUGAUGAUCCAUAUUCCCGGAAGCAAUAUUCCAAGUUGGUUCCAAGAACAAGAAGAUGGGCGCAAGAUAGCAUUGAAGUUACCUCCCAAUUGGCAAGCUGAAAUCGUUGGGUUUGCAGUGUGUUUUGUUUCAACAACGCCAUUCCAACUUCGACAUACACAUAUAAAUUUGAUAUUCAAACAUGAUAUAAAUGAAAUCGAAGAAUCUGAUGAAAUCGAAGAAGCUAAUGAAACUGAAGAAGCUGAUUGGAAUGUGUGGAUUGGGUAUAUACCAUAUAGUUUGUUCCAGGAGUUCCAUGGAGGCAAAGACAAUGAUUUUGAAGGUGAAGAUUGGUUUCAUAUGACCCAAGUUAUUGAAAUUUUUAAAUUUCAAGCUACGUACGGUGUUUAUGAGGUUGAAGAAAAGUGA